AUGAGCCACAGUCCUUCGUUCUCUUCGGAUCAACCUCAAUUACGGUUCGCCAUGGUGGGAUUGUUCCGAGAAGCUCUCAAUGAUCAUUCUAAUUUAUUGAAUACCUCUCACUAUUAUGAAUCUCAAAGUAACAAUAAUAAUGAACCAUCAUCAUGUAUUUUAAUUGGUGAAUUCUAUAGAGGCUUAACCAGCAGUACUCAAAUUUCGCAGCAACAACAUGCUCAAAUGACCCGACAAAUUUGUUUAAAAAUUGGAGAUAAAGUAUCUCAUACAAAUCACAAACGAACUCUAACACAGGGUUCUUUAAAUUUCCAUUACAAGGUGGUUGAUAACAAGUAUAUUUUCAUUGUUUGUGCGGAUUCGGAAUGUCCAUUGAGGAUUUGUUAUAACUUUUUGGAUGAUUUAGAAACUCAAUUUAAAAGACAAGGUUAUGAUAACGAGGGACUCUCUAAUUCCCAUUUUAAACCAAUAUCCAACAUGAUUAAGGAUCGAAUGGCACAUUAUAACAAUUUAGAAAAUGAUAAAAUUUACAAAUUGAAAAAUCAGAUAGAUGCUACCAAGGAUGUCAUGAUUUCUAACAUUGAUAAAGUAAUUGAGAGAGGUGAACGAUUGGAAGUAUUGGCAGAGAAAACUGAUGAGCUACAGGAUCAUGCAUUUGGAUUCAAAACCAAAAGCAAGAAGCUGAAAAACACCAUGAAAAAGAGAAUCAUUCUACUUGCUGUGAUAUUGAUUGUAAUUUUUGUGAUUAUUGUACUGAUUGCAGUAUUUGCUGGUUGCAAUUUCCCAUCCUUUGAUCGAUGUAGAGUCACUUCUAACAACAACAACAAUAAUGGCAAUAACAAUCAAUAA